GGUUACGAUGAAUCCUCAUCUGCAGUCACAAACUUUAUGUGAAGACUGAUACCUAUCCUUUAUAUGUUUAUUUGACGGAGGAAGUAGUGAGAUUUUCUAAGAUCAAGGGAAAGAUUUUCAAACCAAGAUGUGGCAUGUAACUUAAAGAGUUUUGAUAGGCCAUUAUGGACAAAGAAUACCUGGUGCUGUAUACACACCAGAAGACAAAAAAGACCAAGACUUGGCAGGAUGGAGUUUUAAAAGUGUGCAGAGCUGGUUCAAAGGCAGUUCUGUUUAGUGAUUCUGGAUCUAAAGUAGACUCAGUCCAUGUAAAGACAAAUCAGUUAAACAUUGGGGAUGAAAUAGAAAGUGACCGCCAUCUCAUCACCAUUGAGGAAAUCAAAGUCAAUGGAGAACAGGAAAGAAAACCAGUGAAAAAUGAAGUAAAAUCUAGUGAUGGACUUGAUAACAGUGAUAUCAGAUAUGGUAUUAAUCCAGUGGUCUCGCAACCUGAGAGGUUGAAUGUUAACAGUGCUGCAGUUAGUCGACCAUUGAAGACUGGAUUGAAAAGAAAGAGGACAGAGUUUAUUCCACCCAGAUUAGUGAAACAGCAAGUUCUCCACAGUGGAAUCAAUUCCCCCACUGCAACAGAGGCCUGUAGGUAUCAAACUAAUCAUCAUAUAGCCAUACCAGAUGAGAAAUCUUCCUUUGGAACUAAUAUUUUUAAUUUACAUGGGGACCAUGAAGUUUUUGCUAAAAAUAAAAAUGUUCAAAUUGGACCAUGUGAUGCUGAAUGUUAUAACACUGAAGGAAACUCAAACAGUGUUGGAAGUAGGGCAUACAAUUCACCAUGGAGUGUAAUUGGUCAGCCUAGAAGGCCUAGGUUACUGGAAUCAAAAGAGGAAGGAAUUAGACAUGAAGAUACACAGUCAAAGAAAAGUUUAAACAGUGUGUCUUUGCCAGAAAAGGGAAAGCGCAGUGCUGCACAAAUUCUUAAACUGAUUGGUGGAAAACCUUUUAAGCCUCCCUUGAAACAAUCAGUCAGGAGUGUUUUGGAUGAUAAUAUUAAAGAAAAGAUUCAAGAAGGUGAAGUAAAUGAAACUGCCCGGUGUCAUGCAAAGGUUCAUGAUAACCAGUAUAUUGCUCUUGAAGGCAAUGAUGUAACAUUAUCUAAGACUAACCACUUAUUAGACGAUACAGUGCAUUGUGAAACUUCAGAUAAAGUUCAAGCAGUUAGUGAGACUAAUGAUGUAGCAGAAAAAGAUGCAGCUGUCAUAGCAACAGAAGACGUAAGCAUUUCCAAGUCCAAAGGUGUCUCUGUUGCAAUUGAAGAUUAUGACAUUACAGAAGAAGACACAAUGGAUGGUUACUUUGACAUCAACUUUUCUCCAUUGUCACAAGUAUCAGAUUCUGAGCCAGACUCCCCAUGUUCCAGUGAAACCUUCAACAGCAAUAAAUUAUCUCAAGCUUAUAAUGUUUUGGUAGCCAAGCCUUUCCCAUCCAGUUCAAGCAACAGUGAAACUCUAGGUAAUCAUGGUUGCCCCAAAACCAUGUCUAGUACCUCAAAACAUGAGAUUUAUUUUAAAUCAAAUACAGAGGACACAGUUUUUGAAUGUGAAAACAAUGUGAAAGUUGAGAUUACCAACCAGAAAACACAGUUUGCAAAAUGCUCAUUACGUUCAACACCAGAUGCAGAAGAUACAGCAGUAAAUAAAUCAGCAUCUUUAGUGAAUUUUUCAACCUUGGAGGACUUGGCAUUCAGUCCAGGUCCAUAUGUUGGUAGUUUCUCAAUGCCCACUGGCUCUCCUCAACAACAACUGCAUGUAGUAGGUGAUUCUUGUAUCCAAAACCAAACCACUUUAACACCAAACCAAACACUAGGUUGCAAUAAUAGCAUAUUGAAACAAGAAUUUGAUGACUCUCCUGUAUCCAUUCAGAAAAACAUUGGUAGUUUCCCUCCUCUACAAGGCUAUAGAUUGGUUGAAAAUACAUUUGGAGAUGAUCUUGUGCCAAGUGUGAAUUUAGUUAGUGAUGCAGAUACAGAGCAAACACAU